AAGCUGAAUGAUUUGCAUCAGGCUUUGGAUUGGUUGUUGUCUUUUCAGAAGUGAUUUGUUUGUUUUUGAACAUGCCUUGUUCUGAAAACAUCGGUGGGGGACUUUCCCCUCCGAACCCCCCUCCUUGGCCUCCAUUCCGCCUGGGCGCCACUGAUUCGGACCACUGGCAUAUCUGUGCUAGACCAGCUGUAGCCCUGACAAUACGUCUAAUAAAGAGAAUGUCAUUAGCAUCUGAAUAGCUAGCCCCAUGUGUGGCGAGCACAUACACACUUGAAACUUUUACACAAGAAAAGAGAGCAGCAUUGAGCAAAAGCAGAGGGUGUCUUUUGGGCCACUCUGUCUAUAAUUUGCCGUUUAAUCUGUUCCGCCAUCUUUUAAACCUGUGACAGGGAUGAACAUGGACAUCUUGUUUUAGACAACAUCAGCUUAGGUAGCCAAAGCUGGUUUAAGCAAAUGUUUUGGGGUCAAGGAUAUUUGGGUUAGCAUAGUAGUUUUUGUUUUCCUUGUAUUUCGAAGAGUGUCUCUUACUGUUUACUGGCUAGAGGGGUGACUGGCACUUGACCUCGUGGUCUAAUGGAGCAAAACUGCAUGUCUUUGAUUGACUGUUGUUUUAACCCCUCCGGUCUCUUGGAGAGUUGCACAAGCUUGGGGUUUAGACUGUUUGAAAUUCAAGGAGAUGGAUUUCUGUUUUUACAAUCCUAUCACUAAAUCAAACGACUGAAUUUCAGAAACGACAGGAAUGUUUUGUCUCUCAAAACUUAAAGGUCACAGGUCAGGUGUGGGUGGACUCUUUAGUUUGGGGAGAUGUUGGGCAACGUGCCGAGGAAUGUUUCAUACUAAACAUAUUGAUGUAAAAGUAGAGGCAUGCAGCCAUCAAACAUUGCAUGCACAGAUCCUGGAAAUUUUUUACUUAAUUUUAUUUUAUGGCAUACAUUGUCACAUGGAAUGGUAGUGUUAAACCUUAACCACUAGAUGUCUCCCAAUGUCCACUAUUCACACUAUGCGAUUGUUUGUAAGUUGCAGAUCUCUGGUCAGUAGUAUUUUACAGUAUUUCCCAGAUAAGAGGAAGACAAUUUUUUUUUGUCCUUUUUAAACCCUCUGUCAGUGCUGGUGCUGGCCUUUUCCUGAAUGGCCUUAUGGCUAAAGUUUUUGCAUGCAUGUGCUUCUCAACUCUGUCUGCAACAAUUGGGCAUGCCAUUAAAAACACAGGUUUCAUUUAUGUGGACUGUCUGUGUUUUUACAGUGUAUUUUUCAUACAGUAUAACGUCUUAAGUAUAACAUUUUGUGGUCGUUUUGUCUGAAUUGGUUAUGCUUUUUAUGCAAGGCUAUAUUUGUGUUUGUGUUCUUGCAUAUAAUGCUUGACUAAUUACAGCCAGUGUUGUGGCCCAUGCUAGUAUGUCUGUAUUUUCCCAUCACAGAGAUGGCUUUUCAUGUCUCCAUUUGGAAUUCAGCACUAGAGUCCCCGUCAAAUUUUACUGAACUCAAGAGAUUCCGACUAUAUGUGUCCCUCCCCCUUUUAACCCCCUUCAGGAAGAUGAAAAUGGUGGAUAUUGUAGCACAGAAAAUGCCAUCAGAGAGCGACGUGCAUAUGGCCCGGAGCUUUCUCACGAAGAUUUUACGAAGUUCCAUGAGAAAGAAUCGAUUUAAAGGGAGAAAUGAACCCAUGAGUAGACCUCACUCCUGGCAUGCGACCAAGUUCAACGAGAGCCACUCAGAGGCCAAAAACCAGUCCACACCCUCACCAGUCUGGCAAACAAGAUAUGAUGCAAGUUCAUUCUCUUCUGAACUCUCAACUGGCUGGGAGCAAACAAAUCUACAGAGAGUAUCCGACCAGUUCAGCUCUUUGGGGAGUAUGGACAGCCUAGAGCAUAGCGCGCAUCCCUAUCCACCUGGUCGUCUUUCCCCAAGCAAGUCGAACAAUAACAGCAUUGAACAUUUGGGCGGUGGUAAACGAGACUCUGCUUACAGCUCCUUUUCUACAAGCUCAGGGACCCCAGAUUACACACUGUCCAAAAGUAACGCUGCAUCCACUGAGAACAUGCUGUACAAAAUUAAUCAGUGGGACUCGAGUGGCAGGCACAGCAAUGGCAGACAUAGCCAAAGCCUAAGCGAAGCGAUACGACAAGAGGAGAGGCUUGGAUACUUGCAGCAUCUCUCAAGUUCAGGUAGCCAUGAGAUCCCAAAAGCCGAAGAACAACCAGGCACUCGGCAAUCAAGCUCUGGAAGAGUUAGUAUUGGACCUGUCUGGCAUGUUCCAGAUAUGAAGAAAAACAUGGUAUCCUCCACCCCACCUCCUACUCCACCGACACGCAGUGAUAGUUUUGCAGCUACCAAGGUUCAUGAGAAGGGUCUGAUCACAGGCACCUCUGAAGGCCUUGGUGUUCACACCCAGUUAAAGCCUCAGGUAAAAGCAUUGCAUAAGACAGGAGAAACCCAUGAAAGCACACAAAGGUCUCACCAAGUCAACGAGACUGGUCUUGAGGGUCGACGCGAUUAUAACCUGCCGUCCAAAAAUGAUUCCUCAAAUCCCUACAUUUCAUCCGAGGCCCAUCAUCAGUAUCCACCCCGUAUGUCAUCAGACAAGACAUACUCCCUAUCAACGACAGACGUCAGAGAUAGAAAUCAGUCCUAUGCCCAUGUUCCAUACCAUCCACGGCAAUACAGCGACGAGGGCACUUUUCACGCUCAAACUAGGACAAUACCAGCACUGAAACCUCCAUUCAGUGGCUACUUCAGCAGUAUGCAGGAGCUGCCCACAAACAACCACAUGCAACACAAUAGUCAGAAUCAAACUAGAAGGCCAGCUGCAUCAAUGUCCGGUCAUGUUGGAGUUACCUCUCAUCAUAUCGCUCAGGGAAUGACCCAGGCAUCUUUAGUGAGAGUUGAUGACUCUAAAGCUUCUUCAGUCUCAGAAAUGUCACACAGUGGACGGGAAAGGAUGUCCAUAGGUUCUCAAGGAGGAGCAAAAGACUGCUAUUUCCCACCGCAGUCACAGGACCAUGAUACAGAGCAUAAAGACAACAAUGCCCCCUUCAAACAAAGUGACAACCACCAUCGCAUUUUCUCUGCACCAAGUAAUCCCUUGAAUGUACCUGAAUUAAGGGGGAGCCAAAAGCUACACCAAGUGUCUAGCUCAGAUGAGCAUUCUGGUAGUUAUCCCUCAAGUAAGCAACCCGAGCACAGGAGAAGUGCUGGUCAUCUCCAUCUUAAAGAAUACUCACAACAACCCUUUCCAACUAAAAGCGAGUCAAAGAUAUGUUCCCAGAAAACACCAAUGCUGUAUUCUCUGGCCCAAGAGCACAAUGACGUGGAGGACUGUCAAGAUGAGAUUAACAGUGGAAGUGCACAACAGGAAGCCCUUGACAGUCAGAGUGGCAAACAGGCACGACAAAGUGACCGAUUUGCCACCAUCUUGCGCAAUGAGAUCCAGAUGAGGAGGGCCCAGCUUCAAAAGAGUCGAAGCGCAGCCACUUUAGAAAGUCCGGUUGAAGCUGUAGAAGAGCCUGCAGUCUGGAAGACCACUGGGACUUCUUCUUCCUCCUCAGAUGGCUGCUUUUCCAGCUCUUAUAAAGACCAUCUGAAAGAGGCCCAAGCCAGAGUCCUCCAGGCUACAUCCUUUAGGAGGAAAGACCUAGAGCCAGUCUUGUUUGAGCAUCCAGGUUCUGAGGGUCCCAUUCAGAAAGACACACCUCUGCUUCCAGGUGUCUCCGAGGUCCCACCUACCAAACCCACCUCGGGGAGUAAUCAGGUGCUUCGCAUUGGUAGCCGCAAGCGGUUUUCUGCAGAGAAGAAAGUUCUGUCUUUUUCUGAGCCAGAUAAAAUUCAUGAAGUAGGAGCUAAUGAGCGCUCCAGUGUGCCUGAUAAUGCUGCACCCUUAGAAAAUCGGCACAGAUUAUUUGAGGCAGUGGGGAAACCAGCUUUCCCUAAGCCUAUGCCAAAGCAAAACCUGCAGAUAUCUGAAGACACCAGACUAUCCAAGUCUGGAGGCAUGCACUAUUCUGCAAAGAGUGACACAGCAGGGCGGAGUAACAGUGAAAGCUCAACCCCCACUGAACACCACCUUAAUGAAGGUCAGGAUGGCCCUCAUUCAGUGAACCGACAAGCCAUGCUAGAACAACAGCGACUUGGCAGCUUUGCAGAGUAUGAAGCCAAAUGGAACAACCAAAGGAAAACGGCCGAACCAAGGGUAUCUGGACGAUACCACUCCGCUGAUAACAUCCUUGAUUCAGGAAAUGAGAGACGGAGUAAGCCCACCUGUGUGCAUGAAAGAUCUAGAUCCUCCCCUUCUGCUGACUUCUAUGGACGGAAACUUCCAGUUCAAGAAAAGAAGUCAGCUGACUAUUCCAAGCCUGAGACAAAUCUCUGCGAACAGGAUAAGAAUAGUACAAGGUUAAAUGAGAAAGGAUACAGUGAACUUGUAUGCAAGGAGAAACCAGAAGCACCUCCUUUGGCUUUGACUGAAGACCUGGAGAAAAAGGCUUUAGAUCCUCCAUCCAGUCAUCAUAAAACUGCACAGCAUUUCUCUGACCAUAGCAAUCGCAGUGAACCAUCAGCCCUCUCCAAAAACAAGAGCUCUGUUCUCUUGCCCCAUCUGGAGAAGUACAAAUGCCCUGAGGGCACACCUCCUCCUCUUAGCAAAUUUCAGGAGGUCCAGCCUGGAUCACGAGGAGGAGUCUUGGCCUCACUUUCUCCUGUCAACAAUCAAAGCUCCGCCCCUCUUUCAGUCCCUGUUCCCUGGAAGGGUUCCGAGCAGCACAGCAAAGGGCCAACCAAGGAGGAGGAGCUACAACAAGAGCUUGUGCCUCCUCCCUUUCCACCUCCUCCCCCUCCAGCUGUCCUGCCCACCCAACAAACCGCUGGCCCGACCCAGCCCACCAUGGAGGGGCAGCGUUCGCCCUCGCCCCAGUUUGCUCCCCAGAGGCUGACUGACAAGCCCCCUGUCUCCGUCUCCAUACAGGAUGAAGCUCCUGGAAGGAUGGAUAGGGUUAAAGAUGAGAACACGUCAGUGAAGAAAGUUCCCAUUAAGAUUGUCCACUCCGAGAGUGACACCGAAAAAGAAAGUCGACAAUAUCUCGACCUACCCAUCGAGACCCCUGUCAGCUCUCAAGGACCUGGAGUAACUCAUCUUCAGAGUUUGGGAAACCCGGAUCAGUCAUACUCUCUGUUCUGUACUUACACCAGGCAAAAGGACCAGGGGCCUGAUCCGAGAGAAGCAGAUAUUGGCCCUCUGAAAGACCAGGGUCCACAAACCAGUGUGAACCCAGUAUCUUAUGCGUUACAUGGCCUGCAGACGGCCCCUUCGUCUGAUCAAAGCAGCAACGGAGUGUCUUCACAUCCCUUGCGGUCAGAAGAUGACGAAAAAAGAAAGGAGCUUGCUAGAGACAUAAUGGACAAGGACAAGUCCCUAGUGGACAUUUUAGACCAGAGUAAGAUGAAGACCACCAUGGAUCUGAUGGAGGGGAUUUUCCCUCAAGGAGAGCAGCUACUGGAAGAGGCCCAACAGCGCAGGAAAGCUGCACCUAAACAGCUCUCUCCUCGCAACUCUGUGGAGAAGAAAGAGGAGGACAGCCUGGUGGCAGCCACUGCUUUAGUGACUAAUUCAACCUACUACAGUACAUCUGCACCCAAAGCAGAGCUGUUGAUUAAGAUGAAGGACAUGCAGGAACAGAGUGUGGAACACAACUCAGAGGAGGAGCUGGACGAGGACAAUGAAAGUGAUAUUGCCAGCAAGAAGCAUGAGUUGAUUGACAGUCUCAGCAAGAAGUUGCAGGUGUUGAGGGAAGCUCAGGAGAGUCUACAGGAGGACGUGCAAGACAACAACGCUCUUGGGGAGGAUGUGGAGGCCAUCGUACAGGGUGUCUGCAAGCCUAAUGAACUCGAAAAGUUCCGUAUGUUCGUUGGUGAUCUUGAUAAAGUGGUCAACCUUCUGCUGUCUCUGUCUGGACGCUUGGCCCGAGUAGAGAAUGCUCUGAACAGCCUGGAGGAAGACGCUUCACUGGAGGAGAGGCGUACACUGACCGAGAAACGCAAACUGCUGAUCCGUCAACAUGAGGAUGCCAAGGAGCUGAAGGAGAACCUUGACAGGAGAGAACGGGUCGUCUACGACAUCCUGGCGAGCUACCUGUCAGAGGAGAAUAUGGCUGACUAUGAGCACUUUGUGAAGAUGAAGUCUGCCCUUAUUAUUGAGCAGCGCAAGCUCGAGGACAAGAUCAAACUGGGGGAGGAGCAGCUCAAUUGUCUGAUGGACAGUCUCCCAAUGGACCAGAGGACAACCAACUGAGGACUUAAAAAAACAGUUUAUGCAGCGAUCCAGAGCAACUCGCUUGACGUCACUCUAAAUAACAGGGUUCCAAAGCAGUACUUAAUGUGGUCCAUUUACUGCCAAUGGAAUUGCAUUCUGGUCAUAUAUUGAGUGCUUCUUGUCUGCCCCAGCAGACAGCAUUUUGGCAAGACUCAUAAAGACUGUGAAAGUGCUGGGCACUUUUAGAUCAUGAUUUGACCAAAUCACCUGUCAGCUGGUCUUAUACUUUAAUGACGUUCCAAUGUUACACGACCCAUAGAAUUAUAUGGUGAAAUAAUAAUAAUUUUUAAAGACACUUUAAAUUUUUUUCCCCACAUCGGUUUAAAUAGAUCAUGCCCUUUUUGCACCAAUGUGCUCUCAAAACUUGACACUGUAUGUACAUGCCGUGGUCACUCACUGUGCUGUAUCUUUUUAACCACUAGAGGGCAAUGAAAGACACCUCAAAAUGUCUUAUGCCUGAACGCCAAUACAAACUCUUGUGAUUCAAACAUACACUAAUCCCGGUGGCAUAAAGCUUUGCACAUGUAAGCUGUUUCCAUUUACACCAGGAGGUUGUAAUUAACUUCCGAAAAUGACUUUUUGAUGGUGCAUAAUUUCAAAGGACAUGUGUCUCUAUCCUGGUCAUGUUUAAAAUAAUUCAAUGAUAUUUUUAGUAAUUUAUUUUAGCCUUUUGAAUCUUUGUAUAUAACUAGAAUAGGCUAGAAUUGUACUCUUUCACUUCAUUUUAGCGAAGCAAACUACCACUUUAGUCUGCACGCUUUUUAUAGAUGAAUGUAUGAUAUAUCACCAAACAAUGCUUCAAAAUUAGGACUGACUGUAAGUAUUCUGAAAGACUUGCCUAAACGAUACAAUAUUAUUUCAUUAAGGAUUCAGUGCUUGUCUAUAAAAUACCAGCUGUCUUUUACUCCACGUCAUGCGUUUGUGUCAUUUAUAUUUUCAUCU